AUAAUGUUAAAAGAAAUAUAUUUUUGGAAAUUGUGGGAGAGAAGAUGAUAAGAGAGCGGCAGAGAAAGGAAGGGUGGGUGGACAGAACAGAACCGAACAAAACAUAACAGAAUGGCUACCUCUGUAUCACUUCCUUACUUCUCUCACACUCACUCUCAUAAUGUUAAGUUACAGCUGCAAAGAAGGAGAAUAUCCACCGUUUCCUCUGCUCUGGCUGAGACUGCAGCUUCAAUGGCAGUAGCUGUAACUUUCGUUGGUGCAGCAGCUACUCUUAUCGUAAAGAGAUCCAAAACUUCUGAACCAGCACAGAUUCAAUCCAAAGCAUGUGAAGAUUGUGGAGGUUCUGGUAUAUGUUCUGAAUGCAAUGGUGAAGGAUUCGUUCUUAGGAAACGUUCUGGUGAAAGUUCUGAUCAGGCAAGAGUGCCAGCUAAGAAUAUGGCGACUCGAUUCACAGAUCGGCUUCCAAAGAAGUGGAGCUAUUGUACAAAAUGCUCUUCUGGUCGAUCCUGUUCAACCUGUGGUGGCAGUGGAAAACUAAGUUACUAGUUUAGAACUGCAUGCUGUCAACCUAGCUAGCUCAUCAGUACUACCGUUUACACACAUGCUCUUGUUGAAGUCACGGUUCAGAAUGAGGCAACAUAAUGAACUCAACGCUUAUUCGUGAUUCACAUCCACUUUGAUUUCCUUGAUCCAUUCUGCAUGAAGCAAAAUUCUAUGUAUAUGCAUUUCAAUGGAAGUGUAUAGUGAGUUUUUACUUGAUUUGGAGAGGUUUUGAGUUUAACAUAUGUGGGGUCUUGAUAGAAUAGGAUUUGAGUUGAACUAACAAGCAUAUUAAUAUACUCCUCUUGCAAAU